AUGUCCAUCCCCAUCAUCGACUCCCACAUCCACCUCUGGAACGAAGCCGAAGCCCCCAGUCACAACUGGUACGCCUCAGACUCGCCCCUCGCAACCCGCCACUCCAUCGCAGAGUACCGUGAAGCCACCAGCUCAUCCGCCUCUCAGCUCUCUGGCUUCAUUUACAUUGAGGCCGACCGCAAAAAUGACGACUCCAAGGACUGGUCAAAACCAUUGAAUGAGCUAGCUUGGAUGCGUCGGAUCAUCGAGGGCAAGCCUCAGGAGGGUGAAGGCCAUACUGCUGAUAAUGCCAAGCUAUGUUUGGGAAUCAUUCCUUGGGCUCCUAUUGCUUCUGGCUUGCCUAAGCUGAAGGAGUACAUUGCUACUGUGGAGGAACAAGCUGGGGAGGCUGCUUGGGCAAAGGUGAAAGGUUUCCGGUAUUUGUUGCAGGACAAGCCGAACAAGACAGGGUUGACAGAGGAGUUCAUUGAUGGGUUGAAGUUGCUGGGGGAGAAGGGCUGGGUAUUUGAUGCUGGCGUCGACCAGCACAGGAGAGGGAGGGUGCAGUUGGAGGAGCUGGUGGAGAUUAUUGAUCGGGCUCAUGAUGGUGUGAAAGAUGAAGACAAGAAGGUGGUGUUCAUUAUCAAUCAUUUUUGCAAGCCCGACCUGACAAUCAUCAGUCAGACUGAUCCGUCAUUUAUUGCUUGGAGGAGCGCCAUGUUCACACUUGGAAAGUGCCGCCGCACUUACAUGAAGCUGAGUGGGCUGUUUGAAGAAAUGUCAGACUCACUGAAGACACAAUCUGCUGAGCAAAUCUUCUCGGCGAUCCUGCCCUGGCUCGCCGUUGUUAUUGCUGCAUUUGGCCCAGAGAGAAUCAUGUUUGGCAGCAACUGGCCGGUAUGCACAGUUGGUGUUGGUGAGGAGGCUUGGAAGAAGUGGCACAAGAUUGUCGACAUGAUGUGUGAUAUGGCGGGUCUCAGUCAAAAAGACCAGGCUAUGGUCUGGAGCGGGACAGCGAAGAAGGCGUAUAACCUUGAGGGAUAG